CACACACACACACACACACACACACACCUCCUGUUGGGUUAGACUACUGUGAACGCAGUGUGUGAGGUUAUCAUCAGAGCUGCAGCAUGCACAGGUCCUACCAGCCGCUAAAGCCCGUCACCAACCGCUACCUGCAGCAGCGAUGGGACCACAACAACUACGAGAGCCACCGCGGGAAGGUGUGCUCCGCCCUGCCAGUAGUGGACAACAAGGGCGCGAGGACGCCAGCUCACGUCCAGCUCAAACUCAAAAAACUACAGCUGCAGGACGAGCGUCUGUCCAUCAUCGACAGAGACAACCGCCUCCUGGCCUCCAAACUGGCCAACAUAGUCUGCUCUAAAGGCCUGGUGGACCAUCAGAACCAGUACCACCUGAGGAGUCUGAAUGCUGACAAGAGGAGGGAGGAGUUUCUACUGGUCGGCCGUCAGAAUCAGGCCAUCUACCAGCGAAUCACGUCUCGCCAGUCAGAGUACCGCCGCCAGCUGUGGUUGGAUGACUGGGAGAGGGCGGAGCGUCGGCGGGACGGCAUUUCCCGAUACCCUCCGGGGCUCGCAGAGAAACAGAGGUCGCACAGGAAGGUGAAGUUUGCAGCCGUGGAGGGCAGCGACCGCUCGACGAGCUGCAGCCACUCCGACAGGACCGACAGGACCGACAGAGAAACCAGCUAAAUGUGUCCCCAUGUAGACCAACUAUUCUCAGCUAACUGCUUUAAUUAAAAAUGACCCUAAAUUUGGCAUGCAUGGCUCAAAAUCUGUAAUAUUAUGUUAUAAAGAAAUAACAGACGAUAGAACGCUGUGAUUGACCAAUCAGAAUCGAGUAUUCAACAAAGCUGUGUAAUAAAAUAUAAAUAAACAA